GAUGACGUUUGCCGUGGUGACGUCUCACCACUUCCUGUCUCCACCCGUUGGCAGCCAUGAUGCAGGAAGGGCUGGACGACGGACCCGACUUCCUCUCCGAGGAGGACCGGGGACCGCGAGCGGUGAACGUGGAUCUGCAGACGGACGCCACGCUGCAGGUCGACAUCUCUGACGCCCUGAGCGAGAGAGACAAGGUCAAGUUCACCGUCCACACCAAGAGCACGCUCCCUAACUUCAAGCAGAACGAGUUCUCAGUGGUUCGACAGCACGAAGAGUUCAUCUGGCUGCACGACUCGUUUGUGGAAAAUGAAGACUACGCAGGAUACAUCAUCCCCCCCGCCCCCCCCAGACCAGACUUUGAUGCGUCCAGAGAGAAGCUGCAGAAGCUGGGGGAGGGAGAAGGAUCCAUGACCAAGGAGGAGUUCACCAAGAUGAAGCAGGAGCUGGAGGCAGAGUACCUGGCCAUCUUUAAGAAGACUGUCGCCAUGCACGAGGUCUUCCUGUGCCGCGUGGCCGCUCAUCCUGUCCUCAGGAAAGACCUCAACUUCCACGUCUUCCUGGAGUACAACCAGGACCUGAGUGUUCGAGGGAAGAACAAGAAGGAGAAACUGGAGGAUUUCUUCAAGAACGUGGUGAAGUCGGCCGACGGCGUCCUGGUGGCCGGAGUCAAGGACGUGGAUGACUUCUUUGAGCAUGAGAAGACCUUUCUGUUAGAAUAUCACAACAGAGUGAAGGACGCCUCGGCCAAGUCUGACCGAAUGAUCCGCUCACACAAGAACGCUGCAGACGACAUCAACAGAAUCGCGUCGUCUCUCUACACGUUAGGAACACAGGACUCCACAGACCUCUGCAAGUUCUUCCUCAAAGUGUCGGAGCUGUUUGAGAAGACGAGGAAAAUUGAAGCUCGAGUUGCAGCAGAUGAAGACCUGAAACUGGCCGACCUCCUCAAGUAUUACCUGAGGGAGUCGCAGGCUGCAAAGGAUCUGUUGUACCGGAGGAGCCGGGCUCUGGUGGACUACGAGAACGCCAACAAGGCUCUGGACAAAGCUCGAGCCAAAAACAGAGACGUCCUGCAGGCGGAGACCAGCCAGCAGCUCUGCUGCCACAAGUUCGAGAAGAUCUCGGAGUCCGCCAAGCAAGAGCUCAUAGACUUUAAGACGAGACGAGUGGCGGCGUUCAGGAAGAACCUGGUGGAGCUGGCAGAGCUGGAGCUCAAACACGCCAAGGGGAACCUCCAGCUGCUGCAGAGCUGUCUGGGCAUCCUCAAAGGUAACACUUAACUCUACCACUCCGCCUACAUCCAACUAGACACGCCCCCUCGUCACAGCCCCGCCCCCUCCCCCGCCAAACACACCCACCGCGGGGGGCGGAGCCUGGACAUCUGGACGAACGACACCGAGAACCCUGGACCAGAGAGAGAGAGAGAACAGAGGGUUAACAAAGACAGGAAGUCUGUCGUCUUCAUCACUGACCAGACACCGUCCUCCUCAUCUUCAUCCUCCUCCUCCUCCUCCUCCUCCUCCUCUCUCUCUCUCUCCUGCAGCUCCUGUUCUGGUUCUGCAGGUCCAGCAGAAGCAGCUGGGUCAGGCGGUUCUCUCCCUGAGUGACGUUCAUGUGGAUCUGUUCUGUUCAGUUUUUGUCACAGACCAGUCUCUCUGGUCUGGUUCUGGUCUGGUUCUGAUUUCGAUCAAUAUCUGAUCAGAAGAUAUUGAUGAGAUUAUACGACUGAGUCCAGACUGACCUGAAGCAGAACACCGAUCUGUCUGAACGUCACUCAGAGGAGACUGGACCGGUCCUGGUCUGAGACCUGGUCUCCACCUCAGCAGAACAGUUCAGACUUUUAUUGUGAAAUGUUGACUCCAGGACCUCUGGAGUCUGUGUCUCAUUAUUAAAACUUAACGUCUCCUCACCAGAAAACGGUUCUGAGACCGCGUCGCUGUUUUCAGCUGAUUUUUAAAAUCGACCUUUGAUAUUUUCUCUUCAGUGAAAACAAAGAGUCGUGUUUCUGAACAUCUGUAGGAGGUGACUGAGACCACCUCAGUUACAUCAUCUUCAUCUCCACCUGGUCCAGGUGUAAACCUGAACACCUGAACACCUGGUCCAGGUGUAAACCUGAACACCUGAACACCUGGUCCAGGUGUAAACCUGAAUACCUGAACACCUGGUCCAGGUGUAAACCUGAACACCUGAACAGCUCCUGUUGAGAUGGUUUCACUGUAAAAACUCGAACUGUCUGAUGAGGUGGACGUUGUUUUACAGGUCUGUGUCUUCAUCUUCUUCUUCUGUCAUCUUAUUUUGGCAGUGUGUGUGUCUGUGUGUGUGUACGUGUGUAUGUGUUGGGGGGUGUUUUAUUGUGUCGGUGAACUUCCUGUGCUGCUGCUGUGUGACGGCGUUUUGAGUCCAGCUCUCGGUUCCCGUUCUUAUUAAAGUGUAACGUCACUAAGUAAAAAAAGCCUUGUACAUGUUUGUAUUAGUUAACUAAUGAACGCUAAUCAUCUUCAUCUUCAUCACUAACUGCAGCUUCUUUUACUUUCCUCUCAGUCCGAUGUUUUCUGUCAUUCCAGCUGACGGUGGAGCUUCAGUCUGUUUGCCUUAACGUCGAUCAGUCGCUCCGUUUGAUUUGUUGCAAAGAGAAAGUUCAGUAACCACAGAAUGAAAACUGGUUUUGUUCCCAUUGUUUUUUAAAGUGCACUGUAUACGAAUGUUUUUUCACUCUUAUGUGACCAAAGCUUCCAUUAACUGAUUCAGAUGGAGACGCGAUGAAACUAAUAAAAUAAUGAGAAGAAUAAAAAAUGAAAUUCACAACA